UUUACUAUAUACAGUUUUUGUUUUCUAAGACAUGUUUUAUAAAAUAAUUUCUUUUGUUUUAGUAUUCACAAGUGAAUAUUUAUUAGAAAAUGUUUUUGCUGCGACGAUUUUUAUUAGCCCAGGGGAAGUAAAAAUUUAUCAAUAUUCCGAUGGUGACAGUUUUAAACCGUAUGCCGAGUUAGUUGUGAAGAAGCACUGGACAAAGAAAGAAGCUUAUGUAAAAUGCGGUAUUUUAGAAUUGGUAUUUAAACUAAAAAGAAAAAAUACAAAAAUUUUUGCAGAAAUUUAUAUAAAUUAUGAUGACAAUGAAGAUAAUAAGUUUCCAAGUUUAAUCAAACUAAGAAUCAACUUAGGGGAAAAAAAAAUCGUUGUAACAAAAGAAUACAAACAGUGCUACUUUUCAUACAAUGAAAGAGACAUUAACAACUUGGAGUUAUAUAUAAGGAACUUACACAAUAAAAUUAUAUUUAAAGUAGUUAGAAUUUAUAAUGGAAAUCUUGAAAGGAAUUCUACGGUUUAUGAUAAUAACAUAAAAUGUAAACUAGAUAAUAUCCAAAGUUCGUCUUUAUGGAAUUAUAUUAAAGAUGAUCUUAUUGAAUUAAAUUCUUUUGAUAAUUCCUAUACAACGAUUGAAGAUUUAUUAAAUAAUUUCACAAUGAUUGAAAAAAGAGUUGAACAGUUUCUACUUGAGGUAGAUAAAAUCAUAGCUAAUCGAACUACUAAAUAUGUGCUUUUACUAACUGUAUAUACCUAUAAGAUACUAAACAUUGAUGAAUCUUUUGAUUCUAAUCCAUUUUGGAAGAAAUUAAUAAUAUAUUUUAAAAAAUUGGAUGAAGCAAUAAAUAAAUUGUUAACGAGUAAUAAAAUAAGUUGUCACAUAAUCAACUUCAUAAAUGAAAUGUAUAGUAAUUACCAAAUUAAUACUUUAAUACAUUUGGCAAACAUAUGCACACAUGUUUUAAAUAUGUCCAAACAAUUGAAAGAUCAUAAUUGUGAAAAGUUCGAAAUAUCGAAUACACAGAUAUCAAAUGAUACAUUAUGUAAUGUUUUAAAAGAUUUUCAUAAUUCGUACAAUUUUAAUGUUAUACCAGAUACACUAGAUGAAUUAAAAACAAAAUUGGAGAUAAUUUUCAAGUUAAUUAAUAUAGAAUACGAAAAUAUUUGGUAACUUUUGAUAUAUUCAUUGUAUAGGCUAAAAAUAUGCCAAU